UCAAGUCUGGCUGUCAAGUUAACGCGAAACGUCACAGUAUUCUCUAAGUUUUAUAAAUGAAAACAUUUCAAUUUGAGGGAAAUUCGUAAAAUGUUCAGAAUAUUAUAUGUUCUCGAACUUUAUACUAUCUUAAACUUCUUCUAGUUCCCUAUGUUUUUACGGACAAUUUUUAAACAUGUAUGCGUGAGAACAAUAAUGGUUCAUGUUUAAAUUUGGGGUGUACACAACCCAUUGUGAUGUCUCAUGGGAGUCGAAAUUAGUGUUUAUGUGUUGUGCUGUCGAGGUUCAUAGUUUUGGGUCAGACUUCUGGUGAUAAAAAUGAAGUGCAACAUGAGAGUGUUGACGGUUUUGAUGUGGAAACAUGCAGUGGUCAGGGCGCGAAGGUUUAUCCACACAGCUGUGGAUCUGGCGUCCCCCUUAAUGUUUUUCAUCCUCCUAUUUGUUUUAAAAAGUUACAUAAAUAUGAAUCCUGAAAAUAGCAGAAGGGUGAAAGAUCCAGUGGCCAAUACGGACAUUAUCCCAUUAUCAGAACUGAUGCCUGGGCCAUAUUAUGUCCUAUACACGCCGGACACGCCGCUCACCAACUCGCUGAUGGACGAUGUGGGCCCUAAGCUCAACUUGCAGAGGCUGGGCAGCUUCCCAGAUCGCACCAAAAAAGGCUACUUCGCAUACAAAAAUGAAUCUGAACUGGAACCAUUCAUACGUAACAUGGGUAUCUCCGAUGCCAUUAUUAUAUUCCAGAAAAUGUCCGGAGAAACAUGGCCGGAACGAUUGAAUUACACCAUAAGAUUGAAACACGAAUUUUUAACGGGGACCUACAGUUCGCUGGACGAUUCUCCCGGACCACACAGGAAUUUUGGUUUCAAAUAUGGAAUGUUCAUGCGCAUACAAUGGGCGAUCGACACGAGCUACAUCAAGCUGUUGACUGGCUCCGAAAUUACACAGAAUCUAUCGAUCCAAGAGUUCCCUUACUACGAGAGAGCGGUGAACACGGAUGUGGCCAUCGUCUGUAUAUUAUUGCAAGUGCUGUGCUGGCUGUCUCUAAUGCUGACCUUCGUGUUCCUCAUGUGCAGGCUCUUGGAGGAACGGUCUUCUGGCAUACAGGAACUGAUGAAGAUGGUAGGCGUUUCCCUCAACACUCUAGGCGUCACACACUUUCUGAACAUCUUGCCAUGCGGUCUGGUAUUCGCCAUAGUCGGUAGCGUGCUGCUCAAAGUGACUCCUCAGCCGUUGAUACCGCAUACCAAUGGCUUCCUCAUAUUCUUGAUGUUGAUACUGUACUUUAAUAGUGUCGUGGCCUUGGCUUUUGCGUGCAGUUAUAUUUCUAAAGGCACACAUUACGCGGCAACUCUAUCAGUUUUGGCGUAUAUACUGCUUUGGAUCCCGACGCGCGUGGCUUCGGAACAUAAUAUUUCUCCGGCCCUCACCUUGCUGACGGGCUUCUUUCCUCAUGCACCCAUGUACUGGUUUUGGGAUGAAGUGGCGAAUAUCGAGAUGUUUGGUACCGGUAUAAUCUUCAAGAACAUAGCAACACGACACGACAAAGUGUCAGUGGCCAUAAGCUUUUUCUUCCUGAUUCUUCAAUCAGCGUUGUAUUACGUGUUCGCUUGGUAUCUGUCGCUCGUACGACCCGGACGAUACGGACAGGCUUUACCUUGGAACUUCCCCUUCAAGGCGUCCUACUGGAGGAACAAGAACGAGGUGAGACCUGAUGGUGACGAUGAGGAAGAAGAUCCGAUAGCUCACGACCCUCGGUACUUCGAGACUGCACCCUCCCAUAUGGAUGUCGGCAUUAAAAUCGUCAAUGUUUCUAAGGUGUUCGCGAAGCAGGUGGCAUUACGUAAUGUCUCCCUAGAGGUGUAUAAAGGAGAGAUCACAGUGCUGCUGGGACACAACGGUGCUGGCAAGACUACCCUCAUGUCUAUUAUCACAGGAAUGACAAGUGCCACAGAAGGCAAAGUGUACGUGAACGGCAAAGACACGGUCACACAGCGCGAUGAAGUGCGACAGAACAUAGGCCUCUGUCCACAACACAACCUCUUCUUCCCCAACCUUACUGUGCAACAGCAUAUCAUGUUCUUCACGCUGCUUAAACGCGGCUCAUACAAACAAGCACUCGAGUCAUCCGUAACCCUGGCAACACGACUAGGACUUCGCGACAAGCUUCACGCGCAGGCACACGAGCUGUCGGGCGGCAUGAAGCGCCGCGCCCAGCUGGCAUGUGCCUUAGCCGGCGGUGCCAGUGUGCUGGUGUUAGACGAACCCACCUCCGGACUCGAUGUGGAGACCAGGAGGGAGCUAUGGGACCUGUUGCUGGCUUUGAGAGGCGAGCGCACGGUGCUGCUGACGACGCACUUCAUGGAGGAGGCGGACGCGCUGGGCGACCGCGUCGCCGCGCUGCAUCUCGGGAAGCUGCGCUGCUUCGCUAGCUCCAUGCAUCUCAAGAAGGCUGUCGGCACCGGCUACCGUCUCUCCUUCACCACGAUCGGAACACCAAAAGACCACGCAAUCACCAAAGUAGUGACUUCCCACGUGCACGACGCCACUCUUAAAGAGAAGACCAUCAACUCGUUAUCAUACAACUUACCCGCGGCUGCCAGUGCGAAGUUCCCAGCACUCUUCACGGCACUCGAGUCCAAACGAUCCGAGUUAGGGAUCGAUUCUAUCGGAGUGGGCGUUUCUACGCUUGAAGAGGUGUUUUUGAAGUUAUGCAGCGAUGUGGACACCUCAAUAAGCGAAGACGAAGUGGACAACGUCCAUGAACCAGAAAGAACUCCAAUUCGGAUCACCGGUGUUCCCUUAUAUUUGCGUCAACUGUACGUGUUAUUGAAGCGGCAAGUCAAAUUCGCCUUAUACAAGAAAUGGAACUUCCUUAUUCUGCAAGUAAUACUACCAAUAAUCAUGAUAAUGGUACUCACGGAUUUAUUCAACAACAAACUCAGUGAGCCUACAAGAGAAUUGGACAUGAAUUUGGACGUAUACGCCGACCGGCCGGAACGUCGCAUUUUGUAUCGAUCCGAUCUGCCGGACAUUUCGACCGACGCUAUUGAACGCUCGUAUAAAAAGAUUAAGUUCGAAAAAGUUGCAAAUGUCGCUGAUGCUGCAUUAAGAACUGCUCAGGAAGAUAUUUUAGAGUAUAACAAGUAUUUAGUCGGAUUUGAAGUCAAUGAAACUGAUGCUAAGAUACUAUACACAACGACUAUCCGUCACGCGGCUCCCGUAGCCCUGAACCUACUCAGCAAUAUCCUGGCUACUCGCUACAUGUCCUGGGCGGACGGGCACAGCCUGACGGCCCGCAACGACCCCGUGCGGCGGCAGGAGGCGCCCGUGCCGGCAGUCCCUCACGCGCCCAAGGACAUGGUCACUGCCGUCACUUGGUGCGUCUGUAUUACCUUCAUACUCCUAGCAACAAACAUAAACUGUGUUGCCCUACCGUGCAAAGAACGUCAGACUGGCUCUCGUCACAUCCACGUGAUGUCCGGCUGUCCCGCCGAGCUGCACUGGAUGGCAACACUGACGUGGCACAUGUGUGUCUGUGGCGUGGCGCUCGUGUUGCCGACAGUGAUCGCUGCUGUGCUGUUCGAACAAGAUAACACGAUUAAUCAACCUGAUUUUAUUGGCACAUUCGCGCUGGUCAUGAUCUUGGGCAGCAUGUCGUUCUUCGCGCUCAUGUACCUGGUGAGUUUCAACUUCGGCGAGAGGUCCACCAGCAUCAUACUCGUGGCUCUCAUCAUUGUGUGCGGUAUAGUAACCCCCUUCAUGAAGGCGGGACAAGAACUAUUCGAGGAGAACUACCGCGGCUUCACAUACUACCUACUUACCCUAAUGGGGUACAUAGCGGCGCCACACACGCUGACGACGGCGGCGCUGCACAGCGUCAACGUGGCGCGGCUCAACGCCUGGUGCCCGCUCGUGCGGGACAAGUGUCCUGCGCCAUUCGUUAAGGAGAUGGGCUUCGACGUGGCCAAGUGCUGUGCCGGCGAGAAGCCCCGCUGCUAUUUAUGCAUCGAUGAUUACUCUCCCGGGGAGGAAAUUAUCAUACUCUUCGUACAGUUUACCAUUACGAUGGCCAUGGUAAUUCUAACUCAACGCGGCAUAUUCAACGGCGUCCGCGACAAGUUAGUGAACGCCCGCUACGUGCCUCCGCCCGUGCCGCAGGAAGAUGAGAUGGUGCGAGCUGAGAAAGCUUAUGUCAGCAAGGCUAUUACUUUACCAACGAAGCAGAUACCGGAUGCCAUGUUAGUUAACGACUUACACAAGAAUUACGUUGGAUUUCUGAAAAAAUGUAACGCUGUCAAGGGGGUCAGUUUCUCCGUCAAAAAAGGCGAAUGCUUCGGUCUGCUGGGCGUGAACGGCGCGGGCAAGUCCACGACGUUCAAGAUGCUGACGGCGGAGAUCUGCCCCACCCGGGGGAACAUCUUCGGCAACGGCUACCAUCUCAAGCGGGGGAACUCGCAGUACCUGCAAACCCUGGGCUACUGCCCGCAGUUCUUCGGGCUGGACAUGUUCCAGACUGGUGAGGACAACCUGCGUCUGAUGCUGACGCUGAGGGGCUUCGACAAGCAGCUCGUGGAGGAGGAGGUUAAGACCUGGAUACAUAUCGUUGGUCUAGAAAAGUACGCGAAACGUCGCGUGACAUCUUACAGCGGCGGCUGCGUCCGUCGCCUCGGAGCCGCCGCCGCCCUGUGCACGCGGUCGUCACUGGCCCUGCUGGACGAGCCCAGCGCCGGCGUGGACGUGGCCGCCCGCCGCCGCCUGUGGGCCGCCAUACGACGGGCAUUACACCAUAAACGAGCACUGAUUAUAACGUCACAUAGCAUGGAUGAGAUGGAAGCUCUGUGUAAUAGAAUUGCCAUCAUGUCUGCUGGGACAGUCAGAGCUAUAGGAACUCCAACUGGGUUGAGAGCCGCCCAUGCACAAGGACAUGCUGUUGUCUUCAAGUUGAAACACCAAGAGGCGCAAGAUGAGGUUGAUGGCGCCAAGACUCACGUAGGUCGAUUGAAGGGCAAACUACACGACAAAUUCAACUGCACCCUUAAAGAUGAACACAAGACAAUGCUGCACUACCACAUAAACGAGACGAUGCGCUACAGCGACCUCUUUGCUCAACUGGAAGCGAUGCGGGCGGAGUUCCCCUCCCUCAUCGAGGACUACUCCGUCACGGAGACCACGCUGGAAGAGGUGUUCCUCUCCUUCGCCAAGGAACAAGGCUCCCAUGACACUGUUUGAAUACUGAAGUAUGAUGGAAAGGUUUGGUGCUCUUUUAUUAUUUUUAGGGCCCGUGUUUCAUGUCUUCUUGUUUACAGAAGGUUGUUUAACCUAAGCUAUAGUCUAUAGGUACAUAGAUGAUAUUGCUUUUCAAUCCUUGUGAUGGUUGAAUUUGUGAAAAGUUAAGGGUUAUUACAGAGGAUGGGGAAAGUGCUUAAUUUUCUAGAUUUUGGACAUUUAAAAUACUUAUUGGUAAGGAGAAAACAGUUACUUUAAAGCGAAGGAAAAAAAAUACUGCGUGUUAAUUUUCCAAAUUAAGAAAAAAAUAUGCUAGUUCACUAUAAAAGGGCCCUAAAAAUGUAUAUGUACCAACAGUUUGAUAAUGAAAGACAACAAGAUCUAUUAUAUAUUUAGCGGAAUUUGUAUGUAUUUAUGCAAGGCAUGUAAAAUAUUACGUAUUGUAAAUAAUUUCUAUCUAAUUAUUUAUGAGGCUAAAUACCAAAUGAAGUAUUAAAUACCUAGCCUUCGAUUCGUGAUAUUAUUAUAUUUAAUAUAAAUCUGAUCUGCGUGUGAAAAGAUGGCAACACCAAACUUUAGCACCAAAUUGCUUACACCGCCAAUUUUGUAUUGAGAAUUUCAAUCCACCUUUUCAAAGAACAUCAUAAAAGUUUACGUUUUCACACGUUUGGCAUGUAGCUUGAGUUUUGUUCUAAUGAUAGACAAUGUUGUACACUUCCCGCCAAACUUGAUGCCGGCUCGCAACUAAUGUCAUCACACAAGUACGCGCUUGUGGCCUGUACACCUCGCGCGCUCCGCCACUCGCUGCUGCCUUAAAAUUAUUUCUGAGCAGCGAUUCGGGCCGCCAAGAAGUUUGGCGUGAAAUAUAGGUAUUGGUUUGGUUAUAAAACCACUACAAUGGCCUUAACCAAAAACAAAGAUAUAAAAGUAAGCUGUAGACAUUACAGGCUUCUACAUUCCCAACACAGGAUAUCUAGUCAAGAAAGAAAUAUUAUUUUUGUAUCAUCUCAUCAGAUUCAUUGUUAUUUUUUAACUGUAAAUGUUUUCAUUACCAUAAGUUACAAUAAGCAUUAUUGUUGCUCUCUACCAUUUGAAAGGUCUUGAAAAUUAUUGGUUGAUAAUACCUAUUGCGCAUUUGUAAAAUAAUUGGUAAAAAUUUUUUUUGGGCUGACAUUCUACAUUAAAAAAAAAAUCUAACCACACCACUGAUGAUCGUGAUAAAGAUGGACUUUUAUAAGUUAUCUAUCCAUCGAUUACCAUUAAUUUAAAUUGUUUAUUAUAUUGUAUUAAAAAUUGAUCACGUUCAUAGUGGGCUAUUUAUGAAUUUUGCACCUAAAUAUGAAUGGCAAAACAUACUAAUACAUAUAGUGUGAAAAAAUACCUCAUUUCGUAUACAAUUUGUUUACACAUAUGGUGCAUAUUAUGUAUAAAAAGCAUGCAAUUGCUUCAUUGGUCGUAAAUAACCAAUUAAAAACAAGCUAUUUGUUGCUUGCGCAGUUGGGUAAAGGUAGUCGUUGAAUACAUGGCUGUAGCCUUGUUUGUUGGUUGGCUACGAGACAGUAGAACAUUCCGUCCAAAUACUUCACAUUCAUCUCAUAUUUAGGAAUAAUAGUUUCCAAGUUUUGUGGAAGCAAACUUACGAGUUUGUUGAUGCAAUUUUUUUGUUAAGUGUGAACUAUUUUAGGGACAUAUUGUACGAGAAAAGCAUUUUAUUAUAGCAGUCCAGUUUUUUUAUUAUAGCAGUCCAGUUUUUUUAUUACAGCAGUCCAGUUUUUACAUAUUGUAACAUUAUGAAAAUAUAUAUUUUUUUUUAUAAUUUUUUAAACUUAAAAAAAAAACUAAAAUUGUAUCAGACAUCGAAUAAUGUUAAAAAAAACAUGAUUUCAGAAAACAAACAAAGUUAUACCUAAUUGAAACCAAACACAAUAUCAUUUUGGUUUUAAGUGACAUUCUUGAAAAUAUGUUCCUAAAUGGUUACACGUUGACAUGCAAGUUGCGGAUUAAACUAACAUACUAUACUAAUAUACAUGUUAUUUAUAUAAAAUUAAAAAGAGAGCUUUAGCAUUGUAUUGUGAUAUUAUGGUGAAACGCUUUGCAUAAAAGUGGAAAGUUGAAUCUAGAAUAUGACGAAAUCAUGCACUGAGUAACUAAAGUUAAAAACUGUAGAAACAUUAUUUUGUUUGUUUGUUUGUAAAAGCUCCGAAACUACUCAACCGAUUUGGACAUUUCUUUCACUUUUGGGAAGUUACAUUAUACUCGCUAUAUUUUAGCGUUGUACGAGGAUUCUCGGGACGCGGGAAGUAGUAAGCAGCUAAUUUUACAUACACUACGUCUGUUUGACCAUGUAUCAUGUAACCUUUUGCCAGAAAAUAUUUUAACUACAUAUGAUUGUCAAUGUAGGUUAAUUGGUAAUCUAUACUAAUAUUAUAAAGCGUUUGUUUGUUUGUUUGAACGCGCUAAUCUCAGGAACUACUGGUCCGAUUUGAACAAUUAUUUCAGUGUUAGAUAGCCCAUUUAUCGAGGAAGGCUAUAGGCUACUUUUUAUCCGGGUUCGUGCUGAGGUUCCCACGGGAUGCGGGUGAAACCGCUAGCAGAAGCUAGUGUUUAAUAAAUGUGUAAUUUUGAAGUAACGUUAACGCAGGCGGAGCAAUUCCGUAAAAAAAAAUACAAUCAGAAAUAUUGGAAAAUUCUAGAUUCAAGCUUAGGGCAUUAAAAAUAAUUUGUGUAUAUAAUAUUAUAAACUUAUAUUUAUUUGUAAUGUUAAUGAUCGAAUAAUGUGAUGUGUAAACACUAUUCUUGUAACUAAAUGUCUGCACUGCAGAGUCUGCACAGCGUGCCUAAUCGACACGACGCUAUUUAAGAAAAGCAAUAAAUUCAGUAGUUAUUAUUACUUACUCGUGUAAAACCUUGUAUUUAAUCACUCAUUUAAAAUUGCAUGACACAAAUUAAUUUUCAUUUCUGAUACUGCCAGCAACAAGUUUUAUUUCUCAUCUUUAUAUAUAGGUAGUUAUUAAAAUCAUCUGAAAAAUUACAAAAAAUAAAUAACGUUGAUCUUAAUUGGGAAAUAAUAACCACAAAAGUGCUUUGUAAAAUGAAAUUCGUAUGGCGUAUUGCGAUAAAAUAAAAAGUAGGUAUUAUAACCACCUGUAAAACUUAAUCUGACAAGGUUUUAAUUUUAUAUGCUAAAUAUAUUUAAUUCUAAUUGGCAACUAAUUUGUGAAUUUCAAGACGAAAAACUGACUGAUUUUAGUACUUAUUGAAUAAAAAACAAUUAACUAAUUGCUAUUCAUGUAAGCACAACUUAUAAACAAUUCACAAACUGUCAAAUUGAAAUGUUUUUUAUUCCUUUUUUAUUAAUUAUCUAUUGUAUUAUUAUAAUUCUAAUGUGUGUAGUUAUAUAAAUUUUCUUUUAUAUCCUAUGUUUGUAAUAUUCAAACUUAUUCCCGAUAUCAAUAAAUAUUUUUACACAAAA